ACAAGCCAAUCAGACGCCAAGCACAGCCCUCAGUCCCCUUGACUGAGGUGAUUUAUAAAUGACUCACUGGUUUAUAUUUGAGCACAGUCCUCUGCCUUCUGCACACCUCUACCUGAGGAGCAACUCUCUGCCUCGGCUUUCUUGGCACCUCUGCAGCUCCCCUAGCAGAAUUAGCCCUUUCUUCUCUCCAGCCAAGGGGAAGCGAUGAACCACGCCAGACCUCGCUACUCCAUCGAGCGUCCUGCGUACUCAGUUGACCUCUUCGAUGAAGAGUUUGAGAAGAAAAAGAGAAGUUACCCACUUGGGGAAAAAGUGAAGAACCUUUUCAGAUGUUCGUCAUCCCGAUUCAAACGCAUCAUCUACAGUCUGUUCCCAAUACUUGCUUGGCUCCCCAAAUAUAAAAUUAAAGACUACAUUUUGCCCGAUGUCCUGGGUGGAAUCAGUGCAGGGACCAUUCAAGUGCCACAAGGGAUGGCCUUUGCACUGCUGGCCAGUCUGCCUCCUGUCAACGGGCUCUACUCCUCCUUCUUCCCUUUGAUACCAUACUUCAUCCUCGGUGGCAUCCACCAGAUGGUCCCAGGCACCUUUGCUGUCAUCAGCAUUAUCGUGGGGAACGUCUGCCAUGAACUGGCUCCUGAAUCCGAUUUCGAGUACCUCAACCACACCACCAACGAGACCAGCGUCAACACCACAGCCAUGGAGGAAGCCCGCCUGGAGAUCUCCGCCACAUUAGCGUGUCUGACAGCCAUCAUACAAAUCUGUCUGGGAUUCGUGCAAUUUGGCUUCGUGGCCAUCUACCUCUCGGAAUCCUUCAUCCGGGGCUUCAUGACUGCAGCCGGCCUCCAGAUCCUCAUCUCGGUGCUCAAAUAUGUCUUCGGCCUGGCCAUUCCUGCCUACACGGGGCCCUUGGCCAUCGUCUAUACAUUUAUCGAUAUUUGCAAAAAUCUCCCCAAGACCAACGUGGCCUCCUUGGUCUUCUCCCUGAUCAGCGCGGUGCUGCUGAUUAUCGUGAAAGAGCUCAACAUGAAGUACAUGAAGAAGAUCCGGGUACCCAUCCCUAUGGAGAUUGUCAUAGUCAUAGUAGCCACUGCGAUCUCUGGAGGCUUGAACAUGCCGGAGAAAUACAACAUGCCAAUUGUUGGGAAGAUUAAGAUGGGCUUUCCAGAUCCCACCCUCCCCCUGGUGAGUAAGUGGAAAGAUAUGAUUGGCACUGCUUUCUCCCUUGCCAUUGUGGGCUACGUGAUCAACCUAGCCAUGGGACGGACGCUGGGAACCAAACACGGCUAUGAUGUGGACCCCAACCAGGAAAUGCUUGCCCUGGGUUGCAGUAACUUCUUCGGAUCCUUUUUCAAAAUCCACGUGAUUUGCUGUGCUCUGUCCGUCACCCUAGCUGUGGACGGGGCUGGAGGAAAAUCUCAGAUGGCAAGUUUCUUUGUGGCGCUGGUGGUUAUGAUAACCAUGCUGGCUUUGGGAGUCUACCUCGACCCCCUUCCAAAGUCUGUACUGGGAGCCCUGAUCGCAGUGAACCUGAAAAAUUCCCUCAAGCAGCUGGCUGAUCCCUUCUACCUGUGGAAGAAAAGCAAGCUGGACUGUUUGGUCUGGCUGGUGAGUUUCCUGUCGGCUUUCUUCUUGGGCCUGCCAUUUGGACUCGCCGUCGGAGUGGGAUUUUCUGUGCUGGUGGUGGUGUUCCACACACAGUUUCGUAAUGGCUCCGCUCUGGGUCAAUUAACUUCCACCGACAUUUACAAGAACCCCAAAGACUACAAUAAGGUCUCUGAACUCGACGGAAUUAAAAUUGUGACCUAUUGCUCCCCGCUGUACUUUGCCAACUCAGAGAUAUUCAGAGAGAAGGUUAUAGCAAAGACGGGGGUUGACCCCGGCAAAGUGUACUUAGCCAGGAAAAAAUACGUGAAACACCAGGAGAAGGCGGCGGCAUCACAAAAAACUCCGAAGCUGCAAAAAAUGUUCUUCAGGAACAGCAAGACCUUGUCCGUGCAAGAGCUGCAGAAAGAUUUUGAAAUCACCUCUCCGACGGACACCAACAAUAACCAAACCACCGCCAACGGCAACAGCAUCUCCUACGUCACAUUCCACCCACCUGCCAACAGCGCCGGGCAGGUCAAUACCUCAAGUGAGCUGGGCAGCAUCGCGAGCCACCGGGGCAGCAACGGCAGUGUCAUCCCAGCGGCAAACGUCGACCCCAUGACCACUGCACCCCCCUACGUCAGCUUCCACACCAUUAUCCUGGACAUGAGCGGCGUGUGCUUUGUGGAUCUGAUGGGCACAAAAGCUUUGGGGAAGGUGUGUUCCAGCUAUCAGAAGAUUGGGAUUAAAGUUUUCCUGGCCAACGUGCAUGCCCAGGUGUACCACGACAUUAGCACGGGCGGCGUCUUCGAAGAAGGGGGGCUGGACCAAAGUCACAUCUUCUUGACCAUCCAUGAUGCUGUUCUCUUUGCGCUGGCAAAUGCCAGAGGAGACUUCCGCUCGCCUGGUUUAGAAAAGAAACCAAGUCAGACAGAGCUCUCCAUGUACGAUGAAUCUGUAGACGAAAGCAGUACCGAAUUCAAGAACCUAGAGGAGGAGAUGUUCGGAACCAUGUUCCAUUCGGAGGCCCAGACGGCUCUGUGAGCACACGGGGGAAUGUCCAAGUGCCAGCACAGCCUCCGGAACAGACAUAUUCCUUUAUGAAGAAGUGUCCCCCCUUUGGACUGUGCACAAUACAGCCUUUCCGUGCUUCCAGCCCGGUGUAGCAAUGAGUUUGCGAGGCAACGGGCCACUUUUCUUCCCGACAGCCUCUCUCCUCCUCCCGUGUGUGUGCAAUUCAGAGCAAUGGACUCUUGGAGCAGGUCGCAUAACACAACAGGAACCAGGACCUCAGGAAAUACUGUUCAACUAGCUGCAGAAGAGCAGCAACUUUAAUGGCAAGUGCCUCACAGCAGAAAGAUUAUUCAUAUUAGUCAUCACUGUCAACCCUAUCUCCAUCUCUCCUCCUCCAGAAGCUACUCGCAUACCCACCCGUAUGGACUGCAUAACACAGACACCGCCUUUAUUUUGCUUUCUUUUUACAAUGAGGUGAAAUAUAUGGAAAUGUGACGAGCGUUUCCUGGCUUUGAUUCACAACCAGAAAUAAUCCUCUCAAGAUGAAGUGACACACAUUUGCAUGGUGAUAAUAUUUUAAAAUGUGCAGUGACUUUUUAGGAAUCCCGCACACUGAAGAUAAGCCUCUGAAUUGCUUGGGGUUGCCACCCAGAACCACCUCUGUAGUCUCUAUCACCCUACAGGCCCUCCUGUGCUGUCUUCUCUACUAUCAGGUACCAUUAACUGACUGGUGCUGCAUUUUCUGUGAGCCUAACAUCCUUGAUCCCACUGCAUGGAAGUAAUGCUGCAUUCUGUAUUACAUGCACAGAUUAUUUUGGGAAGUUAGGCUCCGUUAGUUAACAGGACCAACGGCUCCUACUUGCUCUAACAGGAGUUAUAUGCAUACACUGGCCUUCCGAAUAGUUUGGGUACUUAAAUUGUAUUCAAAGCACUGACAGAAUUAGGGUCUGAUUCAAGGCCAUUGAAAUAAAGGAGAAUCUUGCCUUGUACUUUAUGUAGGCCUUCAUCGCUAGGCCUUUAGUUAAGAGAUAUCAUGAGAGUAGCUAUUCCUGUGGUAUUUUUGAUGUUUCCUCUUCCUAUUCUCAGGACCUGGACAUCACUAAAAAGUUUGGUUUAGACUCAGCUAUAGUUUUUCCUAGCUGGUUUGCCCACCCCUCACAAAUUCAGAGACAGGCAGAGAGAGAUCCUUCAGAUAAGUGCAGUGGCUUUUGAUGAUGCUGUAAUUCAGGAGCAGUGUAAUUAAAAUCUGAGCACAUUUUGUAUGCUCUUGUGAUACAAUAAGCUCUUGUGAUACCCAGCACUAAAUUCUCCAAGCUUGGAGCUUCAAACUGAAGAGAUUUUAGGAAAUCACCUAAAAGAGAAGAGAAACUUCCUCUGCUGUGUUUGCUAUGGUGUCUGGUCCCUCAUGCACUAGAUGAAUUUGAAUAAAAAUCACCACAAACUGAUGCUAUCAAGACAACCUACCUCUUGGGCAAAAAAGCCUUACUCGAUAACCCAUAGACAGACAGAUGAUAUCUUUAAAAAAAAUACAAAACAUAAUACUUUUAUAUAUAAAAGUGUGAGUGAUGCUAAUAACUUGCUAUUUUAGUUUUCUAUUAUAGUUCUGCCUUUUCAGCCCCAUAUUGAUUCUCUGAAGCCUAUGAUUACAGGGAAUGCAUUAAAAGUAUAUGUAAAUGCUGAAAAAAUAUAUAGCAUGUUGAGGAUUAAAUGGACACUUAUUAGGUUUUGUAAAAAACAAUUUUACAAAAAUUAAAAUUAGCAGAAUUCACUGCAUGAUCUUUUUAAAGUUCUGAUGAAAACAGUUGUUUGUCUGGAGUUUAAAUUUUCCCCUGCCGUGUUUCCAGCAGUGGGAUAAAACAUAAAGGCCAACAAACAAAUCUGAGUAGAAACAAAUAUGAAACUGACCAGUCUGUUUUUCCAGAAUGAAAAAAUAAAUAAUGGUCUUAAUAAUGGAAAGGAAACUUGAUUUUAAAAAGUUAUUUCUGAUCUAAUCACUUAAGAUGUUAAUAACACUUGUGUUUUAAUACAUGGUUUUGAAUCUGUUUAAUUUAUAAAACACUCUUAAGCCACCCUGAUAAAAGGGUCUUUGAGAUAACAUUAUCGGGGAAAGAAAAUAGAGUUGUACGGUGGCUCCGAGAUAAAUGAUGCCCCAAUUGCAAUGAAAAUAGAGCUGCAUGACUCAUCAAGACUAGGCAAACAUUCCAUUCCAUCAGAACUGCCCGAGUUUUGUGUGACACCUCAUUAAUUAAGUCACUGCUGCUCUGCCUCAGUCUCUGAUUACAUGGCCCAGGAGAAAGUUAUUAAAUAAAUAGAAGAACGUUUUCUUGAGCUGGGAGAAGAACACACUAAAAUCACACUUCUCCUUUUGAGCUUAGUGAGACACAUAAUUUUGGUGGAACAGUCAUGUCCUACAAGCUAAGAUCAGGACAUUAAUUCUUUCAAAUUAUCCUUGAAACUAAUGCACUGUAAUUAAUUCCUCUCCAUCUACUUCUCUGCUGCCUGAACAUUCCUCCUUCUUGCUGUUUUGAAUAAACAAACAGCUUGGUGCAAUGGAACAAGGGUCUUUGUCAUUCUAAUGAAUGAAUAUAUCUAGCUCUGCCGUAACCUCACUCUGAAUUGGUGAUAUCCCUAGCAGCAAUUCAGGAAUCAGAGUGAAUCUGUUACAGAUUCAGCUCACAGUCCUAUAGGCCUGAUAGCCAAAAUGUAUCAGUUCAAGCAGAAGGAACCUCCGAGUGGCAAAUCCCUGUGCAAAAGAUGUAUUGUUACCUUUGCAGUUCCUAGCAGCAAGACUGAUGGGAUGUCAAGAAUGGUGCCAUGAAAGUAGUGGCAACCAUUACAUACCAUGCCACCUUGAAGACUCAGAGGGAUACUUGGCUUCUUUUGUGCCAAUUCUGGUGACAAAUGAUUCCCUCAGCAGUUGACAGAUGGUAUUUUUUAAGGCAAAACUCCUGUCACCAUUUUGCUACUGAGUAGCACUCAUGUUUUAGAUGCAGAGCCUUGACAAGCCUAUGGCUUCUAGAAUGUUAGUUUGGAAGGCAACAUUCACCGAUCUGAGCAAAACAGAAUGAUAAGUUGGCAUGACUUGCAUUUCUCUUCCAAUGGUUCUAUGUGGCCAGCUCAGAAAGCUUCAUUUCCAGGGUGUCUUACAAGGGAACUAAAGAAACUCAGAGAGUCCAUUGGGGGUGGAAAAUUCUAAACUUCCAAUGACCUGUUAUGUCUCUGAAAGUCUAGUGAUAUUAAUAUGUAAUGACUUUGAAGCCUUAUUUGAUACCUGCAUGAUGCAUAACCAGCUCAAAAUGUUUGUGUAAUUUAUUUAAUUUAAUAUUGGUUUGGUUCUUUUUUUUUAUAAUAAACAAUA